AUGUCGAGAGCACAUCAACUUUGCACUUCAAUUGGUUCAUCUGGACUGUCCACACACGCGAACGUCUCAACUGGCGAUCAAGGAGAUGCGUUCAAGUGGUUUGAACUACAGACGCGACUUCGGAAAUUACAAUCUGAACUUUGUCAGAUUAUGGUACAGACGAAAAUUGCGUGGAUGCAAUGUUUUGCCAAUUCAUGGACAAUAACUAGUUGCACCACUGCUGAAAACAUGGUACAACUUGGCGAAAAAUUGACUACAAAUCUUAAACAUGCUUUUAAUAUAACAAAUGGUACCAUAAGAGUACCAUUAAAAGUGUACGAAACACUUGUCAAGCGUAUUGAAGAUGACAUGGCUACAUUUCAGAACCUUGUUGCAAGUGUGGCACUUGGCAACUUUUUACAAUCUCAACAUGAUAUUAUCACUCAAGAGAAGAGUGCAAAUGAUAAAAAAUUACGCUCAACUAAGACGAUUACAUGUUUCAAUCGUCUCCUACGCGUCGAUUUACCAUCUAUGCAGACGUACUGUAAGCAUGUAGCACCCCCAUAUUCUAGUUAUCUUUCUCUGAAACACAAACGAGUAUCGAAGUAG